UGAUCAACUGUGUCCAAUCAAUGCCAGCUCGUGAGGAGAGGAGAGCCGGCAAUCGGCAUUCCUCAGAUGGGACAUGUACACUGAUCAUCAGGGCACUGAUGAUCAGUGUGCCCCGAUGAUCAGUGUCAGUGUAGCCCCAGCAGUGCCACCUGUCAGUGUUUAUCAAUGCCAGCGUCAGUGCUCAUCAAUGCCACAUAUCAGUGCCUAUCAUAGCACAUCAAUGCCACAUAUCAGUGCCCAUCUGAGCUGCCUUUCUGUGUCACCUAUCAAUGCCAGUCAGUGCCACCUAUCAGUGCUGCCAAUCAGUGCCAGUCAGUGCUGCCUAUCAGUGCCAGUCAGUGCCACCUAUUAGUGCUGCCUAUCAGUGCCAUAUAUGAGUGCUGCCUUUCAGUGCCCAUCAGUGAUGCCUGUCAAUGCUCAUCAGUGCCCAUCACUGCAACCUCAUUAGCG